AUGGCGCUGCAUGGUGUCACCAUGCCCUUGGUGGUGCUCGGCAGGGAGGCGGUCAUGAUGAGGCUCCUGCUCGAGCUGGGCCUCGCGCAGGAGGCCGUGCUGGAGUUCUUCACCGGGCCGGCGCUGACCCGCCGGAUGCUGGCACGGGCCCGGGAGCUGGGCAUGCGCCCAGUGCUGCCCGGCUUCGGCGGCCACGACCAGUUGCAGGAGCUCUUCCCCUCGGAGCCGUUCUCGCGCCUGCCGCUGUGGUCGGGCUUCUCGGCCGAAUUCUCUGGGCUGCUGUUUGUGGAGCCCGCCAGCGACCUCUACGUGCGGCUUGGCAAGCGGUUCAUCGAGAUACAGACCGAGAUGGCGUGCGGGCACGCGCAGCUGGCCGCGCUGCGCGGCGCUGACCCGGAGGCCAUCUGGGUGGUGCAGGGGUGGCUGUUCGUGAACUCGAGGGCGUUCUGGGGCGAGGAGCAGAUCGAGGCCUACCUCCACCCUGUGCCCCGCGAGCAUAUCUUGGUCCUGGAUCUUAUCAGUGAGGCUCAUCCAGCAUACAGCAGCACGCGGUCGUACCACGGGAGGCCAUUCCUGUGGUCCGUCCUGCACAACUUCGGUGGGCAGGUGGGUCUGCGGGGGAACCUGCGCACUGUGAUGGACAGGCCUUAUGCUGCCGCCAGACAGGCCGAGGGCACAAUGGUGGGCAUAGGGUUGACCAUGGAGGCGAUCAAUCAGAACCCUGUGGUGUACGAGCUCGCCCUCGACCACGUCUGGAACCCAGAGCCGCGCGACCUGGGCCAGUGGUUGCGAACGUGGGUGCGCGCCCGGUACGGAUACCUCGAAGCAACCAUGGACGAAGUUUCUGAGUCGUUUGUCGGACAGUGUUCCGAUGGGCCUGAAGAGGAGAUUGCAAAAGGCGAGUCGGAGCGUUGCCUCGCGAGCACGGACGCCCAGACGGCCUGGCAGCUCUUGCUGCGGUCGUGCUACAGCGCGAUGGACCAGCAAGGCAACGGAUUCUGGGGGGUACCCAGGUCCGUCAUCGAGAAGCGCCCGUCGAUGCGCGUGGGGGCAGUGGUGACGACAGGCUUCCAGGGAACCGCGGUACGCUACGAUGCGUGCGAGCUAGUGGAGGCGUGGCUGCACCUAGAGCAGGCCGUUGAGAAGGCCACCUCAGCCAGUGCAGAUUUGACUGGGAGCGCACUGGAGUUGGACCUGGUGGAGCUGACCCGCCAGGCGCUUGCCAACCACGCGCAGGCGCUCUACCUGGACUUCGUCAAGCAGGCCCUGGCGACAGAGGCGUCCGUCGACGCGCUGGAGGCGGCGAGGGCGCAGUUCCUGCAGCUCCUGGGCGACCUCGACGCGCUGCUCGCCGCCGCCGCCGCCGCCUCGCCGCGCGCCGCCGGCCACUUCUCGGCGGGCGCAUGGCUCGGCGGCGCCGAGGCGCUCGCCAGCGGCCAGGCGGAGAGGCAGCAGUACGCCCACAACGCGCGCAACUUGUUGACGCUCUGGGGCCCGCACCCGGCGGGGACGCUUGCCGAUUACACUCGCGCCUGUGGGCAGGCCUCAUUGCCACUUAUUACCGGCCGCGCUGGAAGAUCGCCAUGGACGCCGUGGUUGCGGAGGUGCGCAAGCGCGGAGGCGCCGGCCUGAGCGAGGGUCGCGCGGACGCCCUCUUCGCUGCGCAGCUGUGGGAGUUCGAGGACCACUGGCAGAGGGACGGGGCAGGCCUGAACGCCACCAGCCGGGAGGCCGACGGCAAGGCCGAUCCGGAGGGCGCGGUGGCGGUAGGGCUCGCGAUUGCCCUGUUCGACAGGUACUACCCGUUCGUGCAGGAGUCUUGCCACGAAGUCAGCUGAGAUUGGGCGGCAGGAAAGAAGG